AGGAGAAGGAGAAAGAAGGGAGUGACGUGUGUGGAAGUGUGGCGGCUAGAGCGUCCCCUCGGCGUUCCACAGUGUUCCGCUCUAGACCUCGAGUCCUCCGUGUGGUCUGUGGCGGCGGAGCGUUGCUGGUUCAGGAGGACUGACGGCAGCGGCGACGACGACGACGGCGGCGGCGGAGGGGGAGGGGAAGCAAAAUGGCGGAGGCGUCGGCGGCUGCGGCGGCCGCCGUCUCCCAGCACCGCUUUUUCUGCCACAGCUGCAAGGGGGAAGUCAGCCCCAAACUGCCGGAGUACACUUGUCCCAGAUGUGAGUCUGGCUUUAUUGAAGAAGUGACAGAUGAUUCCAGUUUUCUAGAAGGCGGCGGCAGCGGGAUAGACGACAGCCCCUCCACCACAUUUGCAGAGUUUUGGGACCAGUUGCAUCGUUCUAUGGUCUUCCAGUUCCCGAGCAACUCUAUGGAUCACGAUGGCAGAGACAACGAAAGGGGCCACCAAGCCCACGCAGACCUCUGGGGACCAAGCAGACCCCUCCGACUGCCCAUGACGCGGAGGUACAGAUCCCGGGUCAGCGCACGGCCUGACAGGUCACCUGCCAUUGAAGGAAUUAUACAGCAGAUCUUUGCAGGCUUCUUUGCGAAUUCGGCAAUUCCUGGGUCUCCACCUCUCUCCUGGGGAGGCAUGUUGCACUCGAGUCCUGGGGACUAUGCCUGGGGACAGAGCGGCCUGGAUGCUGUCGUCACACAGCUCCUGGGACAGCUGGAGAACACAGGGCCUCCCCCAGCAGACAAAGAGAAGAUUUCUUCUCUCCCGACAGUGACCGUCACUCAGGAACAAGUUGAUAUGGGUUUGGAGUGCCCUGUGUGUAAAGAGGACUACACUGUGGCGGAACAGGUCCGGCAACUCCCGUGCAAUCACUACUUCCACAGCAGCUGCAUUGUGCCAUGGUUAGAGCUGCAUGACACGUGUCCCGUGUGCCGGAAGAGCUUGAACGGCGAGGACUCCACUCGGCAAGCACCCAACGCGGAGGCCUCCACAAGCAACUCCUUUAGCAGCACAAGCCACCUACACGACCGAUGGACUUUCUGAAGCCUCCCUGACAUGGUGGGAGGGGGGGCAAAAGAGGGGGCAGUUCAGGCCUGUAGUAUCCCUUACUACAGUUUGUAAAUUGUAUGAUACCUAUAAACUACAGAACCGAGUAGCAAGGAGGGAGAGGGAGAGCAAACGGGUGCAGCUGGUGGAGCUGCGUCCCCACCCCAUGGCCAUGGCGAGGGCGGCCAUCUUUCAGAAACCGCUAGCAUCUCCUGCUGGGUCGCCGCAGCAUCCAGACGAUCUCUUUAACCCUUAGUUUCCGGAGCGAUCAGUUUCACCUUUCAGCGAGUGGUCGGGAGGGUCCCUGAAAACCUGUGCGAGUCCUUUCCUUUGCAGAGGGAGGGGCAGACAUUUCCUUGCCCGCCUGUCCCAGUCUCUUUUUUGUGGUGGCGGCAGCGGGGAGGCUCAAGGAGAAGGCAGCCAGGCGUUGGCUAGGAAGCUAUUUCAAAUGGGGCGAGGGGAAGAGAGAAGAUUUGCACAGGGACCCAGGCCUUUCCAGCAUCUCCCCAAACUGAGUCUGUUUAAUCGACUCUGGCUGUCUUUCCUGCAACCUAGGAUUUUGUUGAAUUUUGGGUGAAUUUUCUAUGGAUUAGGUUGACAGAGUCCCCAACUUCCUUUAUCUCGGUUCUGUUUUUUUCUGGAAAAGAGUGGGGGGCAAUUUGGCUCACAGAAAGAGAAAAAGAGGGGUGGAGAAGCAGCACAGGGGGGAGCCCUGCAUUCCAUGAAGGCAAGUAUUCGAUGCCCCUCAAGCGAACGCUACCUUUUUCCUGCUUUCAGCCCCUCAGCCCCCUUGGGUUUGCCUGAACCAGCAUUCAACCCACCUGCUACUUAAGACCCAUUUUUUUGCUGCCUUGUUUAUCAAAUGGACCACGUGUAGUUUAUCCUCCGGAUCAGAGACUGUGUCUUCUUUUUCCAAGCUGUUCUUCAGUAUUUUAAAUGAGAAUGCCAUCGCUCGAUAUACCAUAAAGAAUCACUUUUUGUUGUUGUC